AUGCAAUUCGACGAAUACCUCAACAAAACACUGGGAGCUACAGAUGCAGGUAUGGCCAAGCGAGAAGGAUGGCGCAACGACGGCUAUAUGAUGGGAACCGGAAACCCAGCAAUUCCUAUGGUUCAGAUGGCGAUGCCUCCGUCAGUUUACCAUGCUCAGAGACAAGCAGCUGCUAUGAACUAUGAUCGUGAUGAUGAUAGCGAUUCUAAGACGGACAGUGAUGAGGAAUCUAAUGACGAUGUGAAACAGGCUAGGAAGGGGAAGAGUGGAGCUGCGCAGAAAGAAGGUUCUGCGACGACUGGUGAAACUCCAGGCGAUACAUAUGGAUGA